AUGAUUGAAUUCAUUCUUGCUGUUGGUGUUGGUGCCUUGUUGUGUUUGGCUUUUGUUUAUUUAAGACAACACAACAAGAAUAACAAGUUGAAAGCAGACGAAAGUCCAUGUCCUUUCCACAAUAUUCAAAAAUACUCGUUAUUCACUCCUCAUCAUUUUAAAGUUGAAAGAGAUGAAGAUUCCAUUCAACUAAUGAAAGACAACUCAUUUGGCAUUCUUCUCACUUGGAAAGGAUCUGAAUUACACACCUCUCAUGUUCCAUUCUUGAUGGACGAAACGAAUCCAAAUUCUCUCAAGCUGCACUUCCAUUUAGCCAAGCAAAAUCCUCAUUGCAAGGCAUUGGAAGAAUUUGCCAAAUCUCCAACUGCCAACGGAUGGAAUUGUAAGAUUAUCUUUGUUGGACCUCAUUUCUACAUUUCACCAAAAUGGUUUUUGGGUGGAUUGGAAGGUCAAAAGAAGAAAGUUCCAACAUGGAAUUUCACAACAGUUCAUGCUCAUUGUGAUUCCUGCCAAGUUUACAAUUCACAUGAUGAAAAGAACAAGAUUGUCAGUGAUUUGACAGUUUUUAAUGAGGAUUGGUUGAUGGAACAUUUCAGAAAUCCAGUAAAGGAAUUGGAUGAUUACAAGUACGAUUUCUCAAAGACUGAUGAGAAGUAUACUGAGCAAAUGUUGAAGGCAAUUGUUGGAUUCACUCUCAAUGUUAAGGAAUUGAAGGGAAAGUUCAAACUCUCUCAAAAUUUGUCAAAGGAAGAAAGAAUUUCAAUUAUCGAUGGAUUGAAUAGACAAGGUUAUGAUUUAGCCAUUGAUGCAGGAGUCCAUAUGAACAGAACUAUCAAUGAAUAAGAAAUGAGCUGAAGAAACAAAAUAGGAUAAAUAAAUUAAUUUACUUGGAAGGUGC